GACACUGUCCCUUUAAUGUAGUUUGCAGCAAAGACUGGCUGCUCAAUGCUGCAGCCCUUCAUCCGGUAGUAGGGGAACAUGGCUGAACCCAAGCAAUCCUUGGUAUUACUGGACACAAACAUCAACUACGCCCAGUGGAUGAGGGAAGAGAGAAGAGAAGGAUUGGGGAGAGUUACGACAGGACGUAUAGGAACGUGAACACUGCCAACCUUCCAAUCAAUCAAGAAGACAGCAGAAGCAUUAUGUUUAAUAUAGUUGAUGUAAUUGUACCCUGUAUGGUGUGAGGUAAAUGGUGCCCUUCUUGGUCCCUCUGAGCAGGUCUGUCUUGCCGCUGACAUCGCUGAAUGACAGCUCCACGUUCUUACAUUCCCUUAAAACACUGGGAAAAUAAGCAGCAGGUGAAAACAAAGUAACCUGUUGCAGCAAACAUCUACCGAUGGAAUCAUAUUUUAGUAUUAAUGUGCAUGCGAGAAUUGUUCGGAACUACUGUAUUUAACAAUGUGCAGGUAACCUACUUCACGCGACAUAAAAUAACAGUUAUGUCAACAUUCACUUGAAAGCUACCGCUACUUCCUGUUUUGGUUGGCUAACGUUACAGGUUAGCCAUCUUGCUUAACAGCUAGCUAGCUAAACCAAUACGCGGAGGCCAUGGAGUCGGCUAAUAGCAGCAUCAUAAAACCUCAGUUUAAAACAGCAAACACGAUAUUUGAGUUGCCCCAAAACGACAUACGCGGCGAAGGCAAACGUCAACAAUGGAACAAAUGUGUUAGCUAGCUAUGCUAACCAGGCCAGCUAGCGGGAGGCUAGCUGAUGGAUAGCAUAAUGUUGACUACGCACUGGAAAGUAGAAGGUAAACAAGCCGCAAAGAGAGGCGACAGCUGGCUACUCGAUACAACAAACACCGUGGACGUAAUAUAAUACACGUACCUUUCCCCGUUGUUUAUCAGAACGCCACCGUUUUGCGAAUGAUUCCGGUUCAAAGCCAUGUUUGGGAGACGUCUCGUCCUCGCCUGCUUUCCGUGCUGAAGUCUGCUCGUCAGCCCGACGGGGAUGCCUCAAAAACGUCACGCACGUCACGUCAUGGCCACGACGUGGUUUAACAACUCGUGAUUUACCGACAGAACGACGGUCAACAUCAUUAAGCACACGGACUCCUGUGUCCUAAUGGAACUUGAUCAUUUUGUUCAUUGUUCCACUUCUGAUCGAGUUUGUAAAUAGUUUGGUCCAAUUUAAUUUAAGUAAGGCAUCAGUGUUAUAAAAACAAAACCAUGAUAUUUGAGAAUAUGUGUCUUAAAUAAAGGCGGAAUCAUCAUGUCAUUGAAUCCCAUAAGUAAUCAGGAAUAACAUGCUUUAUUAAGUAGAUGAAAGCCUGUAGACGCGGAUUGAUAUGCAGUUAAUUGGUUUCAAUAUCAUGCAGCUGUGAAUGAAGGUUUAACAUGGUGUAUGUAAUAGUUAUUCGAUGAGUACAAGCAUUGCCAUAGGGAGAGAGGUUGACAAGACCUUUGAGUUACGCAAUAAUCUUAUUUAAUAGCUCCCCUGAGGACACGUGCAUGCGCUCAUCGUAUUAUUUAAACAUUGACCUUUCUAUCAAUUCCCAGCUCAGUCUGACCUACUUCUCAACGCAGCUUUAACCCGGCAGCCAUUCAGGGCGUACAACUGUGACAUCAUUUCAACCUUCUUCUCUUUUAUUUAUUUAUUUUUAUUACAUGAAUGGCAACACGUACAUACCUACACGUGUUGACGCUCUCGUGCGUUGGCGGAGGAAGACGCAGGCUUUUAACUAAUUAACUCUUAAUUAACAGAAGUCACGUGACCCCCUUCCUCGCGUCAAAUGAAGCACGUGACAUGUCCGAUUGCAAAAACCGUGAAAUGAUUUCUCACCGUGCAAACCGUUUAUUGACUACUUUAGUUGUUGCCGUCGUGGCUCAACACUGCCGGUGUUUCUCAACCGUCCAGGUGAAGAAAACACCUGCGCAGCUCGCCAUGCCUGAAGUCACGUGCUUUAGUGGAAGGAUAAGAGCCGUUUUUGGCCCGCAGGUCAAAAGUAACAUACACAUUAGAGACAUGACAGGGGCUGUGAUACCGGUGCUUAAAUCUGAUGAGUCCUGUGGAGUGAGUCUGGGCAGAGGCAAGAACCAGAACCUCUCCUUCUUGAGCAGAUAUGACAGCUGCUACGCAAGGAUCAAGGGCAGCAAAGUGGUCAUCCCUCUGCAGGUACAGCUGACAGGAGAGGGUCGAUGGCUGAGGGUAAACAUCAGCUGUCCUCUGAUAAAGAGACGAAGAGAGAGGACUCGACUGACCCCAACACCAUUACCUGGAAACUGCGACACAGAAAGAGCUCUACAACUGGCCUGUGGCCCCCGAAGCAUUUCCAGCGACGCCUGCUACGAACUGGGAUGCUGCUAUGACGCUCGGGCAUCAACCUGCUACUACAGACCCAACGCCUGCUCUCUGGAUGGACACUUGGUGUUCUCAGUGAAGUCCACAGACACAGACCCCCCCAUCGAUCCCAGCAGCCUCACAGUCAAGGGUCAGCCACAGUGUUCCCCCGCGGCCACCACCCCAGACACGGCUAUCUUCAAGAUCGGAGUUAUGGACUGUGGUGCAAAGAUGAAGGUAGAGAGAGAUGUGAAGAUCUAUGAGGUGGAAGUGGAGGAGCCGCAUACGGAAAAUACAACCAAACAUUCUCCAUUUAGCGUCCAGGUCCGGUGUGAAUACGACUUGACGCAUGUAAAGCGUGCAGCAGACUUGCGGUCCUUCUUUCCAGUGACCAACCCGCCGCCUGCGAUUGCACUGGGGACCAUGAGAGUGCAGAUGAGGAUAGCCCAAGACGCGUCCUUCACUUCCUUCUUUCCCGAGGACCAGCUUCCGAUAACCUUUCCGCUGGGCGAGGCCGUAUACGUGGAGAUUUCCAUCACCCAGCCGUCCCCGGACCCCACGCUUUCCCUGCGUAUACGGGACUGCUUUGCCUACCCAGCGUCUAGACACUCCGCGUGGAUGCUUCUCCACGACGGAUGCCCCAACCCUCUGGAUAACAUGAGAAGCUCUGUCCCCGUGGGCGACCAGGGGAAGACCACCUCCCACUCCCAAUUCAGGAGGUUUAACGUCAAGACCUUCGCCUUCUUGGACCCUCAUACAGGCCAUCCGAGUGUGGAGGAAAUGUACUUCUACUGUUGGGUGGAAAUCUGCACAAACGACGUGGAGUGCGCGCAGCCUUGCGCCAUCGUUUCAUCUGAGGGUGAGAGACGGAGGAGAGAGGCGACGUCUUGGUCCGACCAGGUCCAGCUGGUCUCUUUGGGGCCGCUGCUGCUGGGGCAGAACAGCACUGAACUGGAGGACGACCAGUGCGUGAAACAGAAUGCGAUGUUUCAGGUGACUGCGUUUAUUCUCUCUGGUGUCGGUGCUGCCCUGGUAUUGAUCCUGGUGUUCACUUUAUGGUCGAGCGGCAGAAGGCAGAAGCACCGCAAGUUAUUGAAGUUGACAAACUACCUCAAUAAAACUUGACGUGCAUUCAAACGUGUUUUUGUAAUUCAUUUUAAUUAAUCAGAAAAUCCAGAGCAGUUGUCGUUCA